UUUCGCUUGCAGCAGCAAUGCCAGACAUCUUGCGACAAGUGUUUCCUGCGAAGUGUUUCUGACUACGUGCUGUAGCGUAUCCGCGAAUCCAUCCAACGUUGUGGGACAAUGGAUAACUUAAGGGCCUUGCGAAGAUUGUUUCGACUUACGUCCAUACUCGUUCUGCCUGGAUUGCUUGUCAUAUGCCAAAACGUCCAUGCUAGAAGGGGGCUACACCCGCGCCUCUACCACUCCCACCUAUUCGUCACCGAUCCGCUGAGAAGGUUUGAACGGGACCUGAGCACUUCCGAACAAGAGCCACUCUACCCAAUGCCGACGCGGAGAGAGAUAUUGAGGAUGCUACGACACAGCAAGCCUGGCGUGCUGGUAUUCUGGUCGCCAUUCCACGACCCCCGUGUGCACGAGAACGCCCCGCCUGGUGUCCACGUGACCACGGUCCGGGCCCUGGACGAGUCGGCUCCGGGAAAGCCCGUGGCGUACAGUCUCCUAGACGUCAAGGACUUCAAUCACUUUCACCUGAAUCACGUUACCGGAAACCUGACCACGGCCAGAACAAUCACGAGGAAGGUCGGCGACAAGUAUGUGGUGAUCGUGGCCGCCGUGAGUCAAGGCGUGACCGAGGUGAAGACGAUGCAGAUCGAGGUGACCGUGCCCAACCAGUACCCGCCUCGGUUCGAGCACCCAGUGUACCGUGCCGAGGUGCACCAGACCCGUACCCGACCCGGGUACCGGGUACUGCAGGUUCGCGCCCAUGACCCGGACCCGGUGCCGUACAACGCCGAGGUCUACUACCGCCUCGAAGCCGGACCGGAGUCUACGAGGGCACUAAGGUACGUCGCCCUCGACGGCAUCACGGGCGAAGUGAUGCUGAACCGCAGCCUGUCCGAUGUUGGGGACUCCACGAUUGAAUUCACUGUCGUCGCUGAAGAUGGUGGGUCCCCUAUGAAGCAGGACAGAGCGCGUGUGGAAAUCCUCGUCAAGACCAUCUCUGAUCCCCAAAACACUCGGGCCGUGGUGUUGAACGAGACGAGCGUGCGCAUUUGCUGGCAGCGACCUCUGUAUGGCAACGUGUCUGGCUACGUGGUCAAGUAUAGGACGACGUCAGAGAAUAUCACUUCGUACGUCAACGUAACGACGGGAGCCGUCGACAAGUGCGUCCCCGUGCUCGGACUGCGGCCCUGGACCGACUAUGAGUACCGCGUGUAUGCAUGGAACGGCCGAGAGGAGGGCAUCGGCAGCCCUGUCGACAGAUUCGUCACCCGCAUCGACUACUGCGUCAUGAACGUCUGCAAGCACGGUGCUUGCGAGGCAACAGACGCACUGCCAGGUUACCGUUGCCUGUGCGACCCGGGCUUCUACGGGGAUGCCUGCGAGCACUUCGACCCGUGCUCCGAAAACCCGUGCAAGACGUUCGGCACUUGCGUCAACAUCAGCCACGGCGAGUACCGUUGCGACUGCUUCACGGGUUUCUCCGGCCGCAACUGCUCCGACUUCAACCCGUGCCUGCUCAAGCCUUCCGCUUGCCUCCACGGCGGUGUGUGCCAGUCGAACGCGUCACACAUGUUCACCUGCCACUGCGUGGACGGUUACUACGGCAAGACUUGCCACCAGUACGACCCUUGCUUCUCCUCUCCUUGCUUGCACGGUUCCCGUUGCCUGAACGAGUCGGACGUGAAGUUCAGCUGCCAGUGCAUCCCGGGAUAUGCGGGUGAGCUGUGCGAGGAGAACAUUAACGAAUGCCUCUCAAGUCCUUGCAAGAAUCACGGCGAAUGCGAGGAUGGAAUCAACAGCUUCACCUGCCACUGUCCUUCUGGCUACGGCGGCCCGCUAUGCGAGCUGAGGGACACGUGCCCCGAGGAGGUGCAGCAAACGGACAAGGGAUCCUUUCACUGGCAACCCACACCUCACGGCUCGGUGGCCAAAGUUGAGUGUCCGUACGGAGCCUACAAUCCGGCCAGCGAGUACAAGUACGCGAGACGGAAGUGUCGCCUCCUGUCGGACGGGCAGACCAGCUGGAUGAAGGUCUCAGCCCAGCACUGCCGAUACAAGAGCUUCCAGGCGGCUGAGAAUAUCACCUCUGAGCUUGAAUUCCUGACACACGACCCAAGAAGCAUCCGACCGGAUCAGCUACAAGGCUUCGCUGAAAAGAUUGAGCCUGUCGUCGACUACGCUGUCAAAGAUAUUAAGAUUGCCCAAGCUAUGAUUCAUGUGAUUAGCAAUUUCCUCGCCCUAAACGAAAGCGUCAUCAAGGAGGGAGAUGCUGAUGGGAUCGCUGUCAAAAAGCUUGUCUCUGUAGUGGAGAGGUUCGCAUCCGAGGUGGUACUCGAUUCGGGAGCUCUCAUCAUUGAGAACGAGAACCUCGUGGUCAAGGCGGUCGCCUGGUCGCCCAAGCUGUUGUCUCAGGGCCGGGACUUCCUCACCUUCUCACUGCGUUCCAACGGAGACCACUACCUGCACGAGGACUUCUCUGGGGACGCCGAGGAACAAGAAAGUGGUGACAACAUAGUGAUCACUAUUCCGUUCGAGGCACUGUCAAUGGCUAUCAACAGUUCCCGACUCGCCGCCGGGGAACCCUACCGGCCUAUUCACGAAGUGGAGAAAGGGCCACGCAUAUCGUUCGUGUCUUAUCGGAACGACAAGUUUUUCCGACCGGCGCAGAAAAAUGACAAGUCUCUCGUAAGCGCAGGUCAAGUGGUCCUGUCUGCCAAGAUCGGUGAGAGCAAAAUCAAAAACCUCACAGACCGCCUGGUAUAUUCGUAUCCCACCUACACUGCAGCAAGCUACAGCUGUGCUUUCUGGGAUGGACAGAGAAAGGAGUGGUCCACUGCCGGCAUUACGACCAACAGAUCGGGAAACGUUACCGUGUGCAGGUCUAGUCACAUGACGGCAUUCUCGCUCCUACUGGUACGUUCACCAGAUAAUAGAAAGAAUGCGAAAAGUGACCACUACCGCGUUCUCUCUCUCAUAUCCUACGUCGGUUGCAUAAUGUCCGUGGUGGGCCUCUUCUUCACCAUACUGACGUACGCCCUUUUCAGGUGCCUGAACAAGGAUCGCUCGGGCAAGAUCCUUCUGAACUUGUGCUCAGCAAUGCUGCUGCUAAACCUGGCCUUCCUUGUUGGAUCGCUACACGAGCGCUUCCCAAGCCUCGAACUGUGCAUGGGCACCGCCGUAGCCACACACUAUUUCCUGCUCGCCUGCCUAGCCUGGAUGGGCAUCGAGGCUGCCCACAUGUACCAGAUGCUGGUGCAUGUCUUCGCCACGUCAGAGACGUGUUUCAUGCUCAAGCGUGUCCUGAUAGCAUGGGGCAUUCCAGCUGCAAUUGUGGGAACGUGCCUUUCCAUCGACCUGGAGCCGUAUAGGACUGAAGAUGACUACUGCGUCUUAUCCUCGAAAAACCCUUGGAUCUACUAUGUAGCAUUCCUGGGUAUAUGCUCUUGCAUCCUCUUUAUCAACCUCAUCGUCUUCAUCAUGGUGACGAGAGUGCUCUUCAAACCGAGGAUGACUGGAGCCGUCACCUCGAAGUCUAAUAGCCAAAACUCAACGUCCACUACCGGUUCUGGUUCUGCCGACAACUCUCUACCCAUCACCGCGGCCCAAGUCCGCGGUGCCUUCACCGUGAUGACCCUGCUCGGAAUCACGUGGAUCUUCGGCGUGUUCGCCGUAGGCGAAGCCAGGACGGUGUUCCAGUACGUCUUCUGCAUCUGCAACUCAUUGCAAGGCUUCCUAAUUUUCGUGGUGAGGGUGCUCCAGUAUCCCGAGGCUCGUGUAUCCUGGUCCCAGCUCGCCACCACGGGGACAUUUAAGAAGCAGCGCGGUGCGCCCUCGGGCUCCUGGUGUGCCAACUCGAAUCCCAGCAAACGCAACGGUCACUCUUCCAUGGUCCGUGUGACGUCUACCAGCACGGACAGUACGAGUACCGUUGUCUUCAACAGCAACAUGUGGAACAAGGUGGAGAAUGGUGGGCCCGCUGGUUCGAAGCACACGACUGACAGGCUGCCCCGCUUCUCCAGCGUCGGAAGCCUGCUUAAGAACUGUAACGUGCAGAGGGACGACCAGAUGACCCGUGCCGGAACACUGUCCAGGAAACAGAAGUCAAAGGUAAUAACCGAAGAGCCGGACGCCAAGGAGAAUCGUACAGAAUUCUAUUCCGGUGACGACCGAAUCACAGCCGUAGUUCCAAGCCUUUACGCCUGUCAAGAGCAACACAUCAUGAAGAGCAGCAGCCUCAACGUGUCUUCUGAUCAACUCAACUUCAUCGACCAAGGCUCGCGUAGUGCGGCUAACACGCUCACUUUCGCGACCAGCCAGAAGGCACACAUCCUCUUCGCAUACGCAGGUGGUGAAACUACACCCAUACGGAUCAACGGCGUCGUGACGUCACCCGAGGAGAAGCCCAGGCUCGAGUCUUUCAGCACGUUCCAGAGGCCGUCGCCGGCGCCGAGCGCGCCCCACAUUACAGAGCUGCCCCAAACUAGGAGUUGUACAGCAGCAGAGCAGAACAACGUUGCCGCUUCGGAGCACGCGGCUACCCGGAACACCCUGAAGACAUCUAGCGAGGAAACGUCGUGUCCGCUGGAAGAUGGAGCCGUCACAACAGUCGUGUCUUGAUGAACUAGCUACGACCACGAUGCCCUGCAUGUGUCUAGGCAAUUUUCACCAACCUGAGGUGGCGACAGACUAAAGGACAGAGUGCCUUCUAGCCCUAUAGACACACCACCGGAAGACGCGAAGCUUGGUAUUACGGGACAAAAUGCUGACCGCAGAUUUUUGCAGCAGCUGCGACUGCUGCAAAGAUGGUGUCUUCAGACUGAACUCUCAGUUUUUUUAGUCAGAUUCCUGCGGCAUGGAUGUUUCAUGAUCAUGUCUAAAACGCCUUCGCGUUGUUUGGAUAUACUGAAUGGAGGAUCUCAACAUGCAUGGUACAAGUUGCCUUCCUAUCAGAACGACCCGGUGCGACCCUGUGUGUUCACAAUUGGUGUGCCCUCCUACCUGUGGUCUUCCUAAGAACAAUGAUCUCGGUGUUUUUUGAAUCGCACGUCAAUCGUUAUCGGCCAUUUUUUUUUUGUAGACUACCCAAUAUCAACAUUCUCAACUGGUAAGAAGUGCAGCAAGAUUCAACCUCGGGGUCCGAAAUAGCCGCCACAUCCUUCGAGGUACUAUAUAUGCUAUUCCGUGAACUGUUUUUUUUUCUACUGGCAUUUUUUGCCUGUGUGUGCGCGUUAUAUGUGAGAAAAAUAAAAAAAAACGCCAGGCUUGUGCGGGACACGCGACAUAGUCGCAGGGUAAGCUUGAAGAGCGGCCUUUCAGAGCCUUUUCUAAACACACUUUGGGAUGCUACAAACACACUGCUGGGUACCCACUAUGCCAUGCUAGCCUUCAUCAAUAUAUGAAGAGAAGCGUGGUAUCCGCUACCUACUUUUUAGGAAUUCUGUGCGAUUAUUUUAUGCAGUGAAUGGCGAGGAUAAAGAAAUAUACCUGAAGUGGGUAUGCACCACAGUUAAUAAGUGAUCAAGAACAAGUUUUCUAAAGAGUUGGAGCAUUGCAAAACCCAGUCGUUACGCAAUUUGCAUUGUGUGACACCUCGAAGUUCCUUUGGUGUUCUAAAAUGCUCUUACUUAUAUUAACGCGAUUUCUUUCUCGACAUCAAGCCUGCAUAAGGCCAGUUCAGCAGUAAUUUCCAAGCUUCGGUGUGGCUCAGUGGUACAAUAAUGAACUGGCACGCAGUGGACCCGAGUUAGAAUUCUAUUGUGUCCUUAUUUUACUUACGAGUUUUCUUUCAUUUGAUACUGGUUAGGGACAGCAGCGGCGUAGGCGGCGUUAGUGACGGCGGACAACUACGGCGCCAUGCGUCACCUGUGUUCUGAUCUCGAAACAGAUUUCGCCGUAAAACUUGCCGGAUCACGGAACCAUCUAUGUAGUUUCACUCCAGCUUUUCGGUCGCCCGAAAUACCCAUUCCUUGCUCGCUAUGUUAUGAGUCAACUUGAACUUGUGAUUUUUCCCUGUGUGGAAAGAAGUUGUGAGCUUUUGCUAUGGGGAGCCUAUUUCAGUGGUAGGUACGUCAUUUUCGUGACAUAUUGUUGGCCUCUCGAGUAUUUUGAACUGUCUCAUAAUCACUACAAACGUUUAUAUGUUAUAUGAGAAAUAUUUUGCAUGGAGACUUUCAUCUCGCCUUCACGUUCUUGUUCUGCGUGGUCAUCUAUGUCUGAUUCUGUGAUUGCAUAUUGAUGUAAGCAUAUGAAAAUCGGGAGCGAUUGUUUGAGAGAUGUUGAAGGACAUUUUUCUCCAAGUGAAGACAAGUUUGCUACUUCUGUGAAAACUGACUGUACUGGUGCAGUAAGAACCGGUGAUGUUUGAACUGUGCAAGUAAAAUGAAGUUAAAGUCACA